AUGGAUGAACAAAAGAACUAUAAGAUUGUCUUGAUUGGAGAUACUGGGACAGGUAAAACUUCAAUCUUACAUCGAAUAGUAUUUAACAAGUAUAAUAACGAGGCAAGACCAACAACAGGAACAGACUUUUUCUCAAAGACCUUUUAUACAAAUGACACGAUAUGCAAUUUACAAGUAUGGGAUACAUCAGGACAAUUAAAGUAUUGGUGUUUAACGGAUAUAUUUUGGAGAACAGCUGAUGCUGCAUGUUUGGUAUUUGAUAUUAGUGAUGAAAAUAGUUUGGUACGUCUAGACACUUGGUAUAGACAAUGCAAAGCAAAAUGUUUAAACGAAGAUUUAUCAGAGAGGAGUCUACCAUUCAUGGUGAUUGGAAACAAAAGUGAUUUAAAUAGAAGUGUUUCAUAUGAACAAGGUAGACAAUGGUGCAAGGAUCGUAAUAUACCACUAUAUUGUGAAGUUUCUGCAAGAGAGUCGAUCAAUGUCAAAGAAUCCAUCACCAAACUUAUAGAAUAUUUAUUAGAACAGUCACUAGACUUUGACAAUUCGCAGUAUGAUGAAUUAACAUCAAACGAAUCGUCACGUCUAUUUCAAGCAAACAAAAAUUAUAGUAACACUGGUGGCUCAAAGAAUACAUCGACACCAAAUGCAACGAUUUUUCGUUCUUCCCAAAAAGACUUCUUUGGCUUAUUUUAA